AUGGAGGGGUUGGACCUCGGCGGCGCGGCGACGCCGCCGGCGGCGGCGAGAGUGCGAGAUUCUUCGCGGGGAGAAGGAGAAGACGCGGCGGCGUUCGCCGUCGUCGCCGCGCGCCGCGCGCCGGGCGACGCGCUCGUGGAGGGGCGCGACUUCCCGACGCUCCCGGCGUGGACGUCCGAUCGACCGUUCUUGACCGGGUCGCACUUGGGCUCGGGCGCGGGCGGUUCAUCGGUCGCGCGCGACGCGCCGAAACCGCUGGGAGAGUACGACACCGCGUGCCAGGAACUCCUCGUGAUCGACGACUUACUCUACGCGAUGAUGGGCGUCGAGGGGCGCUACGUCACCGCCUCGCGAUCCGGCGGCGGCGCGGGAGGCGUGGUGACGUUUCACAUCUCCGAGGGAUUAGAACCGUCGCUGCGCGCGCUCGCGAAAGAAGCGCUCCCGCUGUGCGCCGCCGCGGCGACGGCGUCCGACUACGCGGAGCGCGCGCGUCGGUUCGAGAGCGGCCUCGUCGGCCACGCGCUCGCGGCGGAGAUGAGCGAGCUGCUCCACGACUGGCACACGAUGAUCGUGCAGCUGGAGCACCAGAAGAACCUCGGGCGGCUGUCGCUGCAGGCGCUGUGGUUUUACGUACAGCCCGCGGCGCCGGCGUUGGCGCUGUUGGCGCGCGUCGCCGCGUCGGCGCCGGGACUGCGAGGCGCGCCCUUGCUGAACCACCUGCAUCGAGAAGCGCGCGCGCGCGCGGGCGACGUCGCGGCGAGGGAUCUCUUGCUGCGGCUGCUUCGCGCGGCGGCGGCGCCGUACGCGAAGGCUGUGGAGAGGUGGGUGUACGAGGGGCGGGUGGAGGAUCCGUACGACGAAUUUUUGAUCGUCGAACGCGCGGACCUGGACAAGGCGUCGCUCUCCGAGGAGUACGACUCGCGGUACUGGUCCGCGCGGUACACGCUGCGGGAGGACGUCCCGGUGUUCUUGGGCGGCGACCUCGCGGAGAAGGUUCUGACGACGGGGAAGUACCUCACGGCGUUGCGCGAGAGCACCGACGGCCUCGGGCGGAUCGCCCUCGGCGCGGACGCGCGGGGGACGCACGCGACGCGGAUCAACGCCGCGUUCAAGCACGCGUCGAACGCGUUGCUUCGCAACGUCUUGAUCGAAGGCGAUCUCCGCGCGCGUCUGCUCUCCAUGAAGCGCUACUUCCUUCUGGACAAGGGCGACUUCCUCGUGCACUUCGUGGACAUCGCGGGCGAGCAGCUCUCGAAGCGCGCGCCGGACAUCAGCGUCGAUAAGCUCCAGAGCCUACUCGAGCUGUCGUUGAAGCUGUCCUCGGCGUCGUCCGACCCUCACAACGAGGACCUCACGUGCGCGUUGGAACGCCAGGGGAUCAUCCACCAGCUUCUGUCGAUUCAGUCGCUGCGCGACGACGGGACCGGCGCGGGCGGGGUGGCGUACGACGGCGACGAAGCGCACGUCGCGAUGACCCCGAAAGAAGCGCUCAGGUUGACCGGGUUCGAGACGUUCACGCUGGAUUACGAGGCGCCGUGGCCGGUGUCGCUCGUGCUGUCGCGACGCGCGCUGACGAAAUAUCAGCUCCUGUUCCGCCACAUGUUCCACUGCAAACACGUGGAAAGACGGUUGUGUGCCACGUGGCAGACGUGGCAGUCCAGCGCGACGCGAGCGACCGCGACCGCGGACGCGGGGUCGCUCGGCCGCGCGUACAUCCUCUCUCAACGCAUGCUGCAUUUCCUUCAAAAUUUCGUCUACUACCUCGCGUGCGAAGUCGUCGAGCCCAACUGGCACCGGCUCGAGGCGAAGAUCGCGGAGGCGUCCAACGUGGACGAGCUCGCGGCGGAGCACGACGCGUUCUUGGACGCGUGCAUGAAGGAGGGCAUGCUGUUCUGGCCGACGAUCUUGCGGCGGCUGGAGAAAAUCAAGUCGGCGUGUUUGAGAUUCGCCGACGCGAGCGCGAGGUGCGUUCUAUACACUGGUUCCCAUACGACCCCGUCGCCGUGGUGA